GAGGGGUAAGAGUGUACAUACAAGAGUACGAGAGGGAGAAAGAGAGAGAGAGGGAGGAACAAGAACGACAACGACGACGACGAAAGCAACUACGACGACGACGACGACGACGACAACGACGACGACGACGACAACGACGACGACAACGACGACGACGACAACGACGACGACGACGACGACGACGACGACGACGUCGACGUCGAAGAGAAGGAGGAAGAGGAGAAGGUGGAGGAGGAGGCAGUGGCGGAGGCAACGUGACACGGUGGUGGUGCUGCCGCUGGUAAAGCUACUACCAGUAGAGGGGGACUCUCGAAGGGUGUUGGAGAAGAGGAGGAGGACCCUCGAAAGUGUCUCGUCUCUCUCCUAUCGUCCCAUCGUCCAGGGUAUCGCUUACGAAUGUCGCGCGAUCGAGCGUUCCGCCGGCGAUCUACGAGGAGCAGGACGAACGCUUAUCGUCGUCGCGUUUGCUCGCGGAAAGGGAUUCGCUGAUCCUACAAGAAUUUUUCGCGUCGGACCUAUAAAGAAUAAAGGACAAAUACAAGAAAGGAAGGCUAUACGCGCGUGACAUGCUCGAAGGAGAAGUCGUGGUGUCCGGUGCUCUGGUAGUAAUACUACCUUGGACCUGAGAUAAGUGAUAGAGAAUAAAGGACGAAUCGUUCGUCCUCUCCUUCUCUCUCUUUCUCUCUCUCUCCCUCUCUCUCUCUCUCUCUCUUUCUCUCUCUCUCUUUCUGUUUCUCUUUCUCCUUCUUCCUUCGACGACAGACCAAUAACGGAGAUAUAACGCCGUCAAUAAAGUAUUAGCGCGAAGAGUGUCCACGAGGAUGUCCGGCGAGACGGAGAUCGAAGUGUCGGUCGUGUCCGAGGAAGAUCUCGAGCUUGAAGGCUCAAGAAGUAGUUCGACCCCGGCGGACUUGUUAAUUCAAGAGAAGAAUGGAAAAGGAAGCUGUGGACUAGCGCUUGGCAAUCAUCAUCGUCCCUUCAGCUUCGACGUUGGCAAGCCCGCCCUUCGGCCGGCUUGCAAUCCUCAAUACACGUCGUUCAGUAUUCAAAGUAUUCUCGGUAGGUCCGUCUCGCCACGGAGCGACUCGACCUCGAAUGUCUCCUCCGCGGAAAGACGUUCGACCGACGUCGAGGUUGCCUCCUCGCCCGUCUCGCCGCCCAGUUCGAGGACGAACAAUCAAAGAAUCCCUCCGUCUUGUGCGAGCCCACCGAGAAUAAGCUCGCCCACGUCUCUUAGGCCAGCCGUCGGUCAUCAACGUGCAUCCGCCAGCAGUCAAAUCAUCGAAAACUCGAGAAACGAUGCCGCCAGCAUUGGCGUUGGCUGUACAAGUCCACCUAGUCCUAAUGUCGCGGCAACUUUUUCGCCAACCACCAACGAUGCCGCGACGAAUCCCCUUUUGGGUCAUCAAGCGGCCGAUCUUGCCCAUGCCGUUGUCGAACAUGGACAUAUGCUUCAAAGAUUGGGCCUGAUGUCGACAUUGAUAAGCGCCCGAUAUCCCGUCGGUGUUUUCUUCCCGCCAACGUUGCAACAUCUUCAUCAGCAUCAGCAACAACAGCAGCAUCAGCAACAACAGCAACAACAACAGCAACAUCACUCGCGUCUAGCGACGGUCUCCUCGGCCCUGAGCAACGCCGUUCAAGUUGGUGGACAAGCGGCUGACAUCAGUGACGUCACAGCCGAGGCCAGUAUCAGAGGAGUUCUUCCUGGUGGACCGGCAGCUUGGCCGUUUCCAUGGAGGCCUGCUCAUGGAUUGCAAACGCUCGAACAUCCGUCGCCAGGCGACGUUGUUGGUGCUCUUAGCCGUGUCAGCCCUGCAUCCGCCUCCUUCCCGCAAAAGGACGAGCUGGAGGACGAGAACGGCGAGGACCGGCUGCACAGGACGAGGAGUUCAUCGAGCGGCGACGAGGCUCACGACGAGCUAGCCGACGGGGACGAUUGCCAAGAUGGCGACGGCGACGGCGACUCGACGAACGCAGGAUUACACGGUGGCGUGGGCGGUGGGUCGGCCGGUGGUGGAGGGGUCGGUGGAGGCGGAGGAGGAGGAGGCGGUGGCGGCGGAAGUGGCGGCGGCGGGGGUACCGGUGGUCAGAGCAACGGAGUACAAGUUGGCCUAGACUCGCGGGAUUCCGGUAGCAUAAAGCGCAAGAAGAAGACGCGCACGGUGUUCUCGCGGUCGCAGGUCUUUCAAUUGGAAUCGACGUUCGACAUGAAACGCUAUCUGUCGUCGUCGGAACGGGCAGGUCUCGCUGCAUCCUUGAGAUUGACGGAGACUCAGGUGAAGAUCUGGUUCCAGAAUCGUCGCAACAAGUGGAAAAGACAAUUGGCCGCCGAAUUGGAGGCCGCAAAUAUGGCCCACGCUGCUCAGAGACUCGUUAGGGUGCCGAUACUCUAUCACGAAGCUUCCGCGGGUAGCGCUAGUUCGGCCGGAGUAUCCGUCUCGGUAACGGCACCGCCUCAACCACCAACGGCACCGUCCUCGGCCGUCUCCUCGGUGCUCUCACAUUCCGUCGGCGUUGGCGUCGGCGUCGGGGUUGGCACUUCCUGUGCCCCGGUAGUCGGCCAAACUGCCCAACCGAUCUUCUAUUCUCAUCACCAUCAACACCAUCAUCAUCAUCCGGCUCACGUGCAGCCUCACGCCCUUUUACCCCAUCAAGUGCAUCCCCAACCACCCCCACCACCACCACCACCACCCAACGGGCAACCGACCCAAUCCUCCUCGCAAUAACACCGUCCGCUCUUCUGCCCGAUUACGAUCGUCUUCGACCGGCAGCAGCCUGCAGGAAUCAGCUUGAGAAACGACGACCACGACGAUCGCCUGAGGAAGGAGGAUCAAGAGGAAGAAGUGGAAAUAAGGGACGUGGACGAAGAGGAAGAGGACGUUCUCUCGGUGUCCAUCGACGAUGCUCGUCCUUCCGACGACCUCGACGUCGGAUGAGCGUGAUCAUUAUGUCAUAAAAGAAUGUACUGUCUCCCCUGUCUCUUUCUCUCUCACUCACUUUUUCUCUUUUUGUUCUCUCUCUCUCCCCUCUCUCUCUCUCUCUCUCUCUCUCUCUCUCUCUCUCUCUCUCUCUCUCUCUUCUCUGUCUCUCUCUUCUCUCUCUCUCUUUCUCUCGCUCUCUUGGUUUCUUUCUUUGCUUCGCGGGCUCGGGACUUUUCGUGCAAACGUCGAUUCGAAGCUUCCUUCUCUUUCGACGUCCUCCAUGAGAGAGAGACAAAUCGGGAAAGAGGGAAGACGCAACUGCAACAUCGCAACGCUCUUUACAAAGUCUCUCCCUCGUGAGAGAAUAAAAAGGAGAUAGAGGGAGAAAGAAUGAGAGAAAAAGAGAGAGGGGAAAGAGAGAGAGAGAGAGAGAGAGAGAGAGAGAGAGAGAGAGAGAAAGAAAGACCGAUAUACAUACAAAGUUGACGUAUGUACGCGACUAUGUAUAUUAUCGGAAAAUUACGUCUCGGACGUAAUCUCGGGCUGUUCUCUCUCUCUGUUUGGGGCUACGACCUUAGCUACGUCCUAAGACACGGCCAGGGUUCCUACGAAUAUAUUCUACCUGUUGUGAUAAGUAUCCAAACGAUUGAUUUUAUUAAACGAAACGGUAGAGUUACGAAAACAACGAGUAACAUCUCCUUCUUAAUCUUCUUUUGCGAUCUUUUUUUCUCAUCUUUUUUAUUUCUUUUUCGUUAAAUAUACGUUCGUUUAAUCUUACCCGCCAUUACCUUUGGCAGAAAAUUAUAUAUGUCGUCAUCCAAAACAAAAAGAGAAAAAAAGAAAAAGAAAAAAUCCCAAGUUUACUUUCCUAUCUCCGAGCAUGAACACAAUAUCAACACAAUCCCGCUCUCGCGGGUAUCAAAAGAUAUUUACAGAUCGUUACAUGAUUCUUUAGGCUUUGAUUUUACGCGUGGAAAAAAAAAGGAAAGGAAGAGAAAAGAAAAAAAAAAGAGGGAAAAAAGAUAAGAAAGAAAGCGGAACAGCCCUAAGAAGAACGUCGAAGCCAACGUGCUUCGGCUUUGUUCGAAAAGAAACGUUAAACAAACUUCAAACCCAAUCCUCUUCGGUUUGUGUCUGCACAGAAAAUGAUAUCACGAUUGGCAGGAUGAAAUUGCAUAAUAUCUCUUCUAUAUCGUCCUCACGAAAAAUCAUUUUCUCAAGACGAAGGGCUCCUUAUCGUCGCGACUGGGAUAAGAGAAAAUGAUUACAAUAAACGAGAGGUAGCUUGAUCUUAUUGUUUGACGCGAUGCGGUUUCGCGCUUUGCACGUAUCCGCCUUUCUUCGAUGUUCGUGAGAGAGAGAGAGAGGGAGAGAUAGAUAGAGAGAAAGAAAGCAUAGGAAAGAUAUAAAGUGAAAGAAAGAGAUAGAGAGAAUGUUUUGCCAUCAUCGACGUCGUCAUCGUCAUUUCGACGACUACCUUUACCGAAGCUCUUAGUUGCAACCACGAGGGAGAACGUACAACAAUGGCCGCUCGCUCUCUUUUCUUCCAUCGACGCGUUCUCUCGCGGCAUAUAUCUUCCCUCUCUCUCUCUCUCUCUCUCCCUGCACACACACACACAUAUACACACAUAUAUAUAUAUCUUUACCUCUCUCUCUUUUUCUCUACACAGUGUGUCUACACGAGACAUAUCUAUCCCGAGUAAGUACGCACAUCUAAGUAUGUAGGCGCAUUUCAAUCAUCCUUCUCAUACCCUGCCAUCGCACCUUCGACUCUUUUCCUCUCUGAUCUCUCUUUUUCUCUCUCUCUCUCUCUCUCUUGCAUAUUUUGUACAAGUCUUUCAUCCGUAAGUCUGACGUUUUCUUCUCACUCACUCACUCAUUUCUCAUGCUCUGUUUUAGUUUCGUUCGUUCUACAGCGUCACCCGAACCCGUCCACACGCGAUAAUCUUUUGUAAAGCACAGUGAGAAAGAGAAAGAGAGAGAGAGAGAGAAAGAGUUAUCGAUAUCGAAGGGUACACCACCGAUUCUUCUUUAUGUAUAUAUGUGUAUAUAUAUAUAUAUAUAUAUAUAUAUAUAUAUAUAUAUAUAUGUCUUUAUCUACCUAUCCCCAAAGCCGUUUCAUUUACUCGACAAAUCGAUCGACCGACUGACGGCAGCCAGUCCGGCCAGUUCGAUCUAACUAUCCAUUUGUUUUUACGCCUCGUUCUCGUACACCUACCGUCGGACCACAAAAUUGUUGCCGAAACCACGGGACGAUAUGUCAAAGCCCAUUCUGCCAUUCGCUUCAAAGUCUAGAGCUGCGUUUUGAUUCGGACUCGGUCGCUCGUGAUCGCCGCGAUUCGAUUCGUCGAAUAAGGGUGGAACAGUGAAAAGAAGGGGAACUGAUUCGCCGACGGAUAAAAGGGAAAAACGAGAGAGCGAGAGAAAGAAAAAGAGAGAAUUGUCCGGAGAUCGAUCGAUUAGAUUACGUUUUUCCUUCGCGUUUAAUAUCCCAUAGAUUAGAUAUCCUUCGACGGUAAUAUAAUCCUCGUAAUAGCGAACAUUCAGGAUAAGAUUCUCGAGGUCCGUUGGUUGCUUUUUCCUGGCUUCUUCAUCGACCAGCCAAGAAGUUGAAAUUUAAUGGCACGCGCGUAUCCCUUUCGCGCCAAAAGCUCUCUUCCUUUUUUUUUUUCUUUUUUUUUUUUCCCCCAAUCAGUUUUUUCAUCAUCCCGGGUCGAUGCUUCGAACGAUUCGACGACCACAGUUGGUAAAACGAGUCGAUAACAAUUCGAAACAACUCUUUUUGUUUUUUAGAGUUGAUGGAAAGGUGAAGGGGGAGGCGGACAAAAAUAUUCCACGCAAAAUACUCCCGGUGCCAUGCCCAGUAAAUAGAGAGUUAUUUCGUAUGAAAAUUGUUAUUGACGAUUCGAAUUAUUCGAUAUAGGUAUAUACAUGUUAUAUGUACCUACGUACAUUUUAUUACAUUCGGCGGAGCUCGCGUUGAUUAUUUUUAUCGUAUCUCGAAAGCUAGUACAUUCGACAAAAUGGCGGACAGAUACGGUCCGCCAUGUCAGGAUUUUUCGAAAAGGUAAAGAACCGAGAAGGAGCCGGUCGAUCGAUCGAAAGUAACGUGGACGAAAAGGAUGCAUUGUCGUCGACAAUCUGGAGUCGAAUUGCGUCGCUCCGCCCUCUUCCUACGUAUAGUAUCGCAAAGUAAUUUAACGCGUAGGGGACCAGAUUCUACCUCUCUCUCUCUCUCUCUCUCCUUCAUCCCUUUUUCUUCGUUCUACCGACCCAAUGUAUGACGAUCGCGUUACAUUAACGAGUUUGCGCUAAAUCUACGAAUAAAGAAGGCAAAGGGAUCGAACUUUUCGACCCUUGUGAUUUUUCUUAGAAUCUCGACUAAACUCAUACUCGUAAAAAUCUCGACCAUUUGUUCAAGCGAGUUACAAGCGUGUUACUAUUUCAUUCGUUUAUUUCAUCGAUUAAAAUGAUUCUCUUGAGCUUUCGUCAGUCAGCAAAAGAAAAAAAGAAAGAGAGCGAGAGAGAGAGAGAGAGAGAGAAAAUAAGAGGGAGAAAAAAGGAACGAUAAAAAGUAAAAGAGAAAAAGGGUAGAGACGUUUUAAUCGGUCGCAUCGCGUUUAGUUUCUCGACGAGCAGCUAAUCGAGUUAAUUACCUAGCACGAUAAAGCACGACGAUGAUGAUGACGACUUCACGACAGCUGCAAGAAGAAAAAGGGCAAACGACGCAGAUGACGCCUCGUCAACCUCACUUUUCUCUAUCUUUUUCUCUCUAAAACAUACAUACACACACACGCGCGCGCGCAUGUACACGCUCGUUCUACUCUCUUUCUUUCCUUCUUUCAAACAACAAACUCACUCACACAAUUCGUAAUUCUUAUCACACGUUUUCGAUCCUUUCGUGACCGUUAUUAUUGCCUCCUCGGAAAGGUCCUGACCGAAUAAUUACUCUAAUGGAUAUACAACUUGUUUCUUUCUCCUUCUCUCUCUCUCUCUCUCUCUCUCUCUCUUUCUUUUUUUGGAAAAUCUAUCGGCGCUGCGCAAGGGUGGACGACGCGCACGCCAGCCUUGCGUUAGCCACCCCGAAAGCCACACCCCUACUCGAUAUGACGCGAUCUUCUCCAUAAGACAAAACGAUUUGUCUCUGGUCUUACCUCGACUCGACAACAACGUCUGUUUUCCUUUCAUUCGAACACAAACAAAUCGUUUCUAAUCGUUUUCAUUUCGAUUCCUUUUUGCUUUUUCUUUCUUUUCCAUUUCUUUUCUUUUCUUUCGUUAUCGCUAAGCUGUAAUCGAUAAUUUUUCUCGAUAUGUAUAUUUAUCCGUCCAAAAUUUUAUCACUAAAAAGCUUCUUUAAACCGAACUUUCCUCCUUUUGUUAAAGACUAGGUAAACAUAAUCGAUUGGAAAAAAAAAUCCUAUUGUCAUUGCAUCAACGAAAGUGUAAAACGUUUAACAUGAUCCCGUUACGCGUCCCUCGACGUAAAUCAUAUAUGUGUGUAUAUAUAUAUAUAUAUAUAUAUAUAUACACACAAACACACACACACAUAUAUAUAUAGUAUACUUCGAAGAAUGUGUAAUGAAAUAUAUAUUGUACAUACAUAAUACGGUAUAUGCCGAAUACGUAAUGCACAUAUACAUAUAUAUAUAUAUAUAUGUACAUAUUACACGGGGACAUCAUUUAUUUGACAAAUCUUUUAUUCAAUCGUCGUAUGACACCUGUCCGCAUAUAAGCGAUCAUGCACUUACUUAAAAAAAUAUGAUAAAGAAAAGAAAAGUAUAAAAAGAUAGCAAAACGAAACAAUAGAGAAGCAAAAAAGGACAAAAGAAACAAAAGGAAAAGGAAAAACAAACUCGUACAGUAAGAGCACAGUCAUGAGAUCUGAUUCCAACGAAUAAGAAGAGAAGGUUCAAAGGAAGCUCGAAGACUUUCGUGGAGGGUGGUUUCGGGGCCUUCGAUGAUCGAAGACCGACCCUGACACGACGACAAAGCAAACGUGCGAGAGUGAGACGGGGAAUUGAGAAAGAGAACGAAAAAGAGAGAGAGAAAGAGAGAGAAAGAGAGAUAAAGAGAGGGAGUCAAUGGGUAUAAGUACUAAGCACGUAACUAUGAAAGGAGCCGGGGGUUGCGAAUCGUCGCUAGAUUAAAAAGAGGCUCCCUUUUUCGCUUGCUCUUUUAUGCCCAUGCAGCAACGGCGCGCGCGCGCGCGCUCGCUCGCCUCUCCUCUCCGGCGGCCGCCGCAUCCUGCAUACUCACCCCAUCUUUACUCUCUCCUUCUCUCUCUCUCUCACACACACACUCUUUUUUCUCUCUCUCUCUCUCUCUCUCUCUUUCUUUCUUUCUAACUCGUACGUCGCUUUUUGCGUUCACCCGCGUACCAAUUCGCCUUCGAUAUUCUCGCGCUACACGUACCGUCGAUUCGAAAAAGCAAUUCGAGGAGUUGAAGGACGUAAAGAGGAACCCCUACGAGCCCUCCAACCAACCCAACCCUCCUUCCCCCGCCGCCGCUGCUAUUUCGAAUCUCCCACGUCGUAUCUUUAUUUAUGUAUCUAUGUAUAUAAUACCUAUAUGUGUGCGGAGAAACUCGAA